GAAGCAUAGAUAAUCUUCCAGGAAGUAUGUUAAAAAUGUAACUUUGUGGUGUUGAUGUGACUACUACGUCAAGUUAUAAGUUUUGAGGUUAUGUAUUCAUGGUAAUUCAUUUAUCAUAGCCAGGCAUAUCGUAUCUGGUAUGGAGGAAGAUUUUAAAUAAUUGUACAACAAAUACAUUUUUUGUGAGUAGGAUUCAAAGUUCUCUGCGGCGAGUACGAAGACACUGAAGGGACAAUGUGGAGCAUACUGGAUUAUAUAUUCAAACGAAAGCCUGUGCCAACAAUACUUAAGCAAUAUAACUCCAUAAAUUACUACAAUGGGCCAGAAAUUGCAACUGCAGAAAUCCGUAAGCGGUUAUUGCAGUCCAGAGGUGGUUGUGUUGAUGUAGUAAAGAAUGAGGAUACAGGCAUUGCUACUUUGUGUCUUAAUAAUCCAGAAAGAAGAAAUGCCAUCAGUGGAAGCAUGAUGGUAGACUUGGCUGAUGCAGUUGAUAUGCUAGAAAGUUGGGACACAGGAAAAGGAUUAAUUAUAUAUGGACAUGGACAUACUUUCUGCUCAGGUGGUGACUUGAAUAUGGCUCGCAUGUUUUCUAAUCCAGAUGAUGGAUUCCUAAUGGCUGUAUUCAUGCAGAGGGUCUUGGGUCAGCUUGAAAAAUUACCACUUAUAUCAGUUGCUUUAAUUGAAGGAACAGGUGCACUGGGGGGCGGAUCAGAACUAGCAAUGGCAUGUGAUUUCCGGCUUUUGACAUCUGACACUGGAGGCAUUGGACAUGUUCAUAGUCGCAUGGGUAUAACACCAGCGUGGGGAGGAUGCACCAGGUUGGUUCGUACUAUUGGGUAUACAAAGGCACUCAAUCUAUUGACAACAGGAUGUAGAUUGUCGGGAGAAGAAGCUUUGCACAUUGGACUAGCUGACAGCAUCGUAGACACUAAAAAUGCUCUUACAGAGGCCUCAGAAUGGCUGAAAGUAAGAACUAAUUGUGAUGUGGCAGUGCUGAAAUCACUGAAGACCAUGGCACAUAAUGCCAAAGAAAUGAGUUAUCAGGAAUCCCUUGCUGAAGAGAAGAGACUAUUUGCUCCAUUAUGGGGUGGACCUGCAAAUCGUGCUGCUCUUACCCAAAACAUUAAACAUAAAUAGUAAGGAUAAAUUACUAUGAUAGUCAUUAUGAAAUUGUGAUAUUUUUAUUCAAAGACCAUUUUCUAGACACAACAUUUGGUAUAAACUUUAUGACAUCAGAGACAACUCCAUUCUUGUACACUCUAAUUUAGUCAGCAAUAACAAUGUGGCACAUGUACAAAUUUGUUUUGUCCACAAUUAUAGGUUAAAGACUUGAAGAAAAGUGAGAAUCAUAAACACUCCCCAAGAACCUUGUAUUAAUUCAUCAUGUUUUUCAUAAUAUGAUUGAUGCAUUGCAUGGUUUAUGUGGGAAGUUAGCUCCUCAGUUGAAUUGUUUUACUUGUGUUAACAUAUAAAUCCAUAAACAAGAAACAGUGUCAAUUAAAAAUUUUGAAAAUAAACUGGGAUACAGAAUU